GUUCAUUUGCUCUCGUAGGCUUCUACCCUUCCUCAGUUUUUGCCACUAUGCUUUCUAUCCCCUACCGCAAAAUUCCGUUGACCGGUUCGUUGCCUACCGGUGAAUAUACAUACGUGUUUUUCAGCCAUUGCCAUAGGUUCAAGCUCAUCAACAAGAAGGAUAGGUGCGAAAAGGCGAGGCAGCCAGUAUAAUAUAGUGGCGUCCAAAAGUCCAGGUGACAUGUAAAGUGCAUUAACCAGCUAUCCGUUGAGAGUGUUAGUUUGCCACAAACAGCAAAGACAAUUGCUGCUCUCCAGCUUCUUUAAACUGCAUAUUCUUCUUAGUUUUGGGCUCAGAGCCCGGUCCAACACAUAAAGAAGGUGAUGGCAAUGAUCGCCAGGAGAAGCAAGAACUCUGUUUGUCUCUUGCACGAAGUCCUCUUUUCCAACCACUCACUCCCCUACUCAUACACACAGACGCAGACCUAUGUAGAUGUGUACAUGAAAUGGAAGAAAGACUCUUUUUUUGACUCCAUUGAUGCCAUUCAUAGAUCAGUUCAACUCAAGCCUUUAAUUGCUCUCAAAAACUGCAUAAUCUCUUCUUCGCCCGACGAUUAUUCCGUCCCCAUUUCUGUUAUUUCAAAGAAAGGCUUAGAGUUAGGAAUACCCAUUAAGGUUGCUCGGUUCUUAAGGUUGUACCCAUCUGUUUUCGAGGAAUUUACCGGCCCUAAAUACAAUUUGCCUUGGUUUAAGCUGACCCAGAGGGCUAUUGAGCUUGAUGGAGAAGAGAGAGAGGUGUAUGUAAAAUCUAAGGAUGAUAUUCUUUUGAGGCUGAAGAAGUUUAUACUAAUGAGUGGCAGGGAAAAGAUGCUUCCUUUAAAGAUAAUUCAGGGUAUGCAGUGGUAUUUGGGGUUACCCGAGGAAUUCUUAAGGAAUCCCGAAUACAAUCUUGAUAAAAGUUUCAGACUUGUGGAAAUGGAAGAUGGGUUAAAAGGGCUGGCUGUUAAUGUUGAUGGAAGUGAAAGGUUUUUAUCAGUGUUGCAGAGGAAUGCGAUGAGGAGGGGAGUUUAUAAUGGUGUGGAAGGUGAGGCAAUAGAAUUUCCAUUGUUUCCAUCAAAGGGAUUGAGGCUUAAAAGAAAGAUUACGGACUGGUUGGAUGAGUUUCAGAGGUUUCCCUAUGUUUCACCCUAUGAGGAUUAUUCAGGUUUGGAUCCAAAUAGUGAUAUAGCGGAAAAACGAGUGGUGGGUGUGCUUCAUGAGUUGCUUAGUUUGUUUGUCGAGCAUGCUGCAGAAAGGAAGAAGCUAUUGUGUCUUAGGAAAUACUUGGGGUUACCGCAAAAAGUUCACAAGGCAUUCGAGAGGCAUCCUCAUAUCUUCAAUUUGUCAUUGAUGAACAAGACUUGCACCGCAAUCCUAAAAGAAGCUUACUGUGAUAAAGGAGCUAUAGAGGGACAUCCAUUAGCAAAAGUUAGAAGAAAGUACAUCAACUUGAUGAAGGAGUCGGAGAGUAUACUGAAACGUAGAAGGUUAAACAACAGGCCAAUUGAUCAGGCUAUUGUAAAUGUAAAGGAUUUGGACUGUACAGAUGAUGAGGAAAUGAAACUACAACAGGUCAACUCUACUCUUUGAGGUUUGCAACUAAAAGAAGCUUGGGAUUCAAAAGAGAUGAUAGGUGGAAAGAAGAGGGGUAAUGAAAGAAAAAAAGAAAGGAGAAUGGUUUGGAGACUCGGUCAGACAAAAAAUUGUUUAAUCUGGAAUAGCUUCCCAGGCGGGACAAAGUUUUUCUGGGUGGAAAGGUGGACAUAGCUCGUCAAUUCUGCAUUUCUCUCAUCUGUUAAUGGUGAUUCCAGUAUGGAUGGCACUGACCACGGAACAUGCAAAGGGAUCGCGUAGCUUACAUAUUAUCAAUGGAGCCUCAAGUCUUAAGCAAGAGUAUAUGAUUUGCUCGCCUGGUACACUGUUGGAUGGAUGACGCCCUCUAUUCCUUCUGUAUUUCACAAGCACGAUGCUACAUGUAUGAAAUGAUGUCGGAUUGUUACUGACCUGACUGUAUCUUAUUGUUUUCCCAGACAUCUAAUUGCUGUACCAUGUGCCACAUUUUAAAAUUUUCUGUUUCCUUUGUUGAAUUCUUUCUUUUAUUGUUUUUACUAUGGCCUGCUUCCUCCAAGGUUAAGAAAAUAUUGUGAGAGUAAUUUAGUUUUAACUAUGUCAUCAAGUCUGAGCUACGCAUUUGGAACUAAUAAUAAUUUGUUUAUGUUA